AUGUCGGUCGUUUCGCUCCUCGGGGUCAAGGUGGUGAACAACCCGGCCAAGUUCACGGACAAGUACGAGUUCGAGAUCACGUUUGAGUGCCUCGAGGCUCUGGAGAAGGACGUUGCAGAUCUCGAGUGGAAGCUCACCUACGUCGGCUCGGCCACCUCUGACCAGUAUGACCAAGAACUCGACUCGCUCCUCGUCGGCCCCGUCCCCGUCGGCGUCAACAAGUUUCUGUUCGAGGCGGACGCGCCCAACACGUCUCGGAUUCCCGACGCCGACAUCCUCGGCGUCACCGUCGUCCUCUUGACAUGCGCCUACGACGGGCGCGAGUUUGUGCGGGUGGGAUAUUACGUCAACAAUGAGUACGAUUCGGACGAGCUCAACGCGGAGCCUCCUGUCAAGCCCGUGAUCGAGCGGGUGAAGCGCAACGUGCUCGCCGAGAAACCUCGCGUCACCCGCUUCGCCAUCAAGUGGGACUCGGAGGCCUCUGCGCCGGCCGAAUUUCCGCCCGAGCAGCCCGAGGCCGACCUCGUGGCGGAUGGCGAAGAAUACGGCGCCGACGAGGCCGACGAGGAUGCGGCCGAACAAGGGUCGCAAGGAGAAGGCGCGGCCAAGGUUCCUGGCGAGGACGCCGAGAUGGCCGGCGUCGAGCGAGAGCACGAGAACGGCGACAACGGACAGGAGGAAGAGGACAUGUCUGACGACGGUAGCGUCGACAUCGAGGGCGAGAGCGAGGACGAGCUCGAGGAGGAAGAGGGCGAGGGCGUCGACGAUGACGCGAUGGAGGUGGACGAGGCCGAGAAGCGGGCGGGCGUGAGCGCGGCCAAAUCCAUCUUCGUUGCCUCCUAG